AGGGCAGGGGCAGCGGCCGCAGCCGCAGCCGCGCCUGACAGCGGCCCCGCGCCGCAGGAUCCGCGCCCCGCAAGGACGUGCUCCAAGAGCUGCCAGGCGCGAUUACGUUGUUUUUUUCCCCCCACCCACCCCUUGAACUUGUUGCUUGGCGCUCGGCGGUGGCGGAGGGGGGUGGGGGUGGGGGAAAGCCUUAUUAUCGAUGUCCCUUUGGAUGCGAUCAAGCUUUCUCAGGAGCAACUACUUCCCCGCCGUUCCCGGCGGGGCGCGGAGAUCUAGCGGCAGAGCCCGUAUUUCCAAAAGUCUCUAUGCAACUGAGCGCUCUCGCCAGACUUUCACAGUGGCUGGACCAUCACUGUCUCUAGAUUGACUCCCAUAGCUGUAAUAGGUGUUUGGAACCAUGGCGGCAGGUGUAGCAGCUUGGUUACCCUUUGCCAGGGCAGCAGCCAUAGGAUGGAUGCCAGUGGCUACUGGUCCCAUGCCAGCUGCUCCACGGCAGGAGAGAAAGCGAAGCCAGGACUCUCUGAUUGUGCUGAAUGUGAGUGGCAUCCAGUUCCAGACAUGGCUGGACACCUUAGAGCGCUACCCUGACACUCUGCUGGGCAGUUCAGAGCGGGACUUCUUCUACCACCCCGAGACACAACAGUACUUUUUUGAUCGGGACCCUGACAUUUUCCGCCACAUUCUCAACUUCUACCGUACUGGGAAGCUUCAUUAUCCCCGCCAGGAGUGCAUCUCAGCUUAUGAUGAGGAGCUGGCCUUCUUUGGCAUCAUCCCUGAGAUCAUUGGUGACUGCUGUUAUGAGGAGUACAAGGAUCGCCGUCGUGAGAAUGCUGAGCGCCUGCAGGAUGAUGCUGAUACGGAUCAUGUAGCUGAGAGCUCCCUACCCUCAAUGACAGCUCGUCAGAGGAUGUGGCGGGCCUUUGAAAAUCCACACACCAGUACCCUGGCUCUGGUCUUCUACUAUGUCACUGGUUUCUUCAUUGCCGUCUCUGUCAUUGCCAACGUGGUGGAGACAGUGCCCUGUGGGGUAAGCCCGGGUCGCAUCAAAGAGCUGCCCUGUGGAGAGCGGUAUGCGGUGGCUUUCUUCUGCCUGGAUACUGCCUGUGUCAUGAUCUUCACAGUCGAAUAUCUCCUACGUCUGCUGGCAGCUCCUAGUCGCUACAAAUUCGUGCGCAGCGUCAUGAGUAUCAUUGAUGUGGUGGCCAUUAUGCCAUAUUACAUUGGCCUGGUGAUGACAGAUAACGAGGAUGUCAGUGGGGCUUUUGUGACAUUAAGAGUCUUUCGUGUCUUCAGGAUCUUUAAGUUUUCCCGCCAUUCACAGGGUCUGCGCAUCCUGGGCUAUACAUUGAAAAGUUGUGCCUCGGAGUUAGGCUUCCUCCUGUUCUCUCUCACUAUGGCCAUCAUCAUCUUUGCCACAGUCAUGUACUAUGCAGAGAAAGGUUCAUCAGCCAGCAAGUUCACCAGCAUCCCUGCAGCCUUCUGGUACACCAUCGUCACCAUGACAACACUGGGGUAUGGUGACAUGGUGCCAAAGACAAUAGCUGGCAAGAUUUUUGGUUCAAUAUGCUCCCUGAGUGGGGUCUUGGUCAUUGCUCUGCCAGUUCCUGUAAUUGUCUCCAACUUCAGCCGUAUAUACCACCAGAAUCAACGAGCAGACAAGCGCAGGGCACAAAAGAAAGCCAGGCUCGCUCGAAUCCGCGCAGCGAAGAGUGGGAGCGCUAAUGCCUACAUGCAGAGCAAACGAAACGGCUUGCUGAGCAACCAGCUGCAGCAGUCCUCCAAUGAAGAAGAACAGGCCUUUGUUGGCAAAUCUGGCUCUUCCUUUGAAACACAGCACCACCACCUGCUUCACUGCCUGGAAAAAACCACGAACCACGAGUUUGUGGAUGAGCAAGUCUACGAAGAGAGCUGUAUGGAGGUCUCCACGGUGAACCGGCCCCCGAGCCACAGCCCCUCUCUGUCGUCUCAGCAAGGCGUGACCAGCACCUGCUGCUCACGGAGGCACAAGAAGACGUACCGCAUCCCGAACACCGCCGCCAGCGGCAGCCGCCCCGGCAGCGUGCAGGAGCUCAGCACCAUCCAGAUCAGAUGCGUGGAGAGGACGCCUCUGUCUAACAGCCGUUCCAGCUUAAAUGCCAAAGUGGAAGAGUGUGUUAAACUAAACUGUGAGCAGCCUUAUGUCACUACAGCAAUAAUCAGCAUCCCAACACCUCCAGUCACCACACCUGAAGGAGAUGAUAGGCCAGACUCUCCCGAGUAUUCGGGAGGAAACAUUGUCAGAGUAUCUGCAUUAUAAAACAAAGAAUUAUUUAUAAAUAGCAUAAAGACCACUUGGAAGCUGAGCUCGAGCAGUGAAAAAUGAGUCGUGAGGAAUGAGAGAGCUGACAAAGACAACGCCCCUUGACAAGUGUGCUCGUGGCUGCAGAGCAAGAGGUUCAGGAGAAACAAACUUUGUGGGUUUUGGUGUCAUAGGGUGUGAACCAAAAGGAGUUUCUUACCCCGUCUGAACUGAUGCGCAGUGGAAUCUUCUGUGACCAUCCUGACUUACUAUAUGAGCACAAUGAAAUGUCCCCAUUGAUGCUUCUUCUUAUCAUGAAAGCUCUUUUUAGA